GGGCUCUUCCUUCCCGAAACCACAACAGAACAGAGAGCGCUCUCAGCCUUGCAGUUGCAGAAGAAAUGGGUUUAUCUCCAACUCCCCUCUGAGCUCUGUGGCCUGAAAUUAGGGCAUUCCAUUCCACAAUGUCUCUGGCUCCGCCCACCACUCUGUAUCUAUGUUCUUCUUCUUCUUCUUCUUCUUCUUCUUCUUCUUCUUCUCAGCCACUCCCCAAAUUUUGUUCUUCAUUUCCUCUAUGUUGCUCCCAUCCCAAACUCUUUCUCUCCAAUUCUCAUUUUCAUCUCUCCUUCGCCACCUCCUUUUCAAGCCUUCAUUCACUUAAACCUUCAAAUUUCGUCGUCAGAGCAUCCGACGCUGAUUCAGUUGCUGACCAACCUUAUGAAGAGUAUGAAGUGGAACUGGAGCAGCCUUAUGGGUUGAAAUUUGUCAAGGGACGAGAUGGUGGAACUUAUAUCGACGCCAUUGCACCUGGUGGUGCUGCCGACAAGACGGGAUUGUUCACGGUUGGGGAUAAAGUUAUUGCUACCAGUGCAGUGUUUGGGACAGAAAUAUGGCCUGCUGCUGAAUACGGAAGGACAAUGUAUACAAUUCGGCAAAGAAUUGGUCCAUUACUCAUGAAAAUGGAGAAGAGAUAUGGAAAGACAGAUGGUUAUGGUGAGUUGACGGAAAAGGAGUUAAUCAGAGCAGAGAGAAACUCGGGCGUAGUUAGUAAUAAAGUGAGAGAAAUUCAAAUGCAAAAUGCCAUGAGGUUGAAGGAGCAGAAAGCGCGCAGAGAAGAUGACCUGCGCCAAGGACUACGUCUCUACAAGAAUGCUAAAUAUGAGGAAGCAUUAGAGAAAUUUGAGUCAGUGUUGGGAUCCAAACCAACUCCAGACGAAGCAUCAGUUGCCAGUUACAAUGUUGCAUGCUGUUACUCCCAACUAAAUGAGUUAAAAGCUGGGCUAUCCGCACUUGAAGACGCCUUGGCAGCAGGAUUUGAAGACUUCAAGAGAAUUCGGACGGAUCCUGAUCUAUCAAACUUGAGGACAUUGGAGGAAUUUGAGACUCUUCUGAAAAGGUUUGACGAGUCGUUUAUCAAUGAGAAUGCCAUCAAUGCCAUUAAGUCGCUAUUCGGUUUCAAGAAAUAAGAACUAGACUCUUCUAUGGUUAUCUUUUAUUAAGUAAUUCAAAUUAUUGUUGUCACAUAUUGUAUCAAAGUAUUCAAAGAUUCAAACGUAUAGUUAACGAAAAAAUUUCAAUGUAAUUCGUUUUUUUACAUCUUAUUAGUGAUACAUAUUGAAGCACCAUGACUUAACAA